AUGCGCGUUGUUUUCUUCCUGCCGGCCUUCGUAGGCGUUGUCGCCGCGGCGGCUUGUAACGGCAACGACGCUCUCUGCGCGAAGAAGUAUUCUGACGUGACGUUUGUCGGAUCCCACAACAGUGCCUUUGUUGGCAUCACUCCGGCCCACAAUCAAUAUGUGUCGGUAACGGACCAGCUCGAUCUCGGCGUACGCUUCCUACAAGCUCAGACCCAGAACAAGGACGGACAGAUCCAGAUGUGCCAUACGGACUGCGCUCUGUUAGACUCGGGGCCCUUGUCCAAGUAUCUCGAAGAGAUAGACACUUGGAUGGAGGCGCAUCCGCGUGAAGUGGUCACCUUGCUUCUCACUAACAUUGACGCAAUGCCGGUCACUCAAUUUGGCGACACUUUCAAGAGUACGGGGUUGGAUAAGUACGUCUUCAAGCCUGGGGAGAAAGUGGCUAUAGACCAGUGGCCUACACUCCAGACUUUGAUUGAUGACGGGACGAGACUGGUCGUUUUCAUGGACUAUCACGCCGACACGAGUAAAGUCGACUACAUUCUAGACGAAUUCCAGUACUACUGGGAGACUCCCUUUGGGGAGACGAAUGCGAAUUUUCCCAACUGCAACAUCGACCGGCCACAGGGUGUCGAUCCCAAUGGCUACAUGUACCUUGUCAACCACUUCCUCGACAUUGAGCUCUUCGCAGGCAUUAAGAUCCCCAAUCAAAUUGAAGCGCCAAAGACAAAUUCCUUGUCGUCCAUUGACAAGCAGGUCAACUUGUGCAGAGGGAUGUGGGGAAGGACAGCGAAUGUCGUUUUGCUCGACUGGAUCAAUAUCGGCGAGGCGAUCAAGGCACAGAGCCAAUACAACGCUUGA